UUUGACAUACAUCAUGGGCAGUCAGGGCAGUUUGGCAGCCCUGCUGUAAAACAUGGCACCGUGCUCCUAAAGGGACAACGUAGAUUUAUUGUGGAAAAUAAGAGGAAAUUGAGAGAGACAGAAAUGAUGGGUCCUUUACAGAUAAUUGCGCGGACAGCUCCCAGAUUUAUGAGAGUUGUUCCAAGCGGAGCGAGCACACAGUUGAGCCGGAAUACGUAUUACUACGUACGCCCGGAUGAGGGGGAAAAGAGUUGGAAUGACAUCAUGGAGGAUAAUGCUAAGCAUAUGUUCUUCCUUGAGAUUUUCCGAGCAAUAGGGAUGGCUACGGCUCAACUACUCAGGGAACCAGCAACGAUAAACUAUCCUUUCGAAAAAGGCCCUCUUAGCCCUAGAUUCAGAGGGGAGCACGCACUGAGGAGGUAUCCCUCUGGAGAAGAGAGAUGUAUCGCUUGCAAGUUGUGCGAAGCGAUAUGUCCUGCGCAGGCCAUCACUAUUGAAGCGGAAGAGAGAGCGGACGGAUCUAGACGUACCACCAGAUACGACAUCGACAUGUCUAAAUGUAUUUACUGCGGUUUUUGUCAAGAAGCCUGUCCAGUUGACGCUAUCGUCGAGGGCCCGAACUUUGAAUUCUCGUCUGAGACUCACGAAGAAAUGUUGUACAACAAGGAAAAGCUCUUGAACAAUGGAGACAGAUGGGAAUCUGAAAUCGCUAGUAAUAUUCAUGCCGAUCAUUUGUACCGUUAGGACGCUACGAUGUUACAUAGUCCUAAUUAGUGAUGCGAAUGAUAUAUGAGAGGUAUGAAUUUAAUUGAGUAAUCGGGAAAUUCAUGCUGCUAGAUAUUAUGUAAAUAAAUGAAAUUAUUUGAGUAGCAAUAUAAAGAAAAUAAAUAAUAAAAGAUACAUGGUUGCCG